AUCUAUGAUCCACGAUCUGGAGGGCUAGCCAGCUGCUAGAUCACGAAUCCAUGGAGGGCGGAGCAUCCGCGGGCGUGGAAGGAGAAUCCGGAGCAUCACCGCCGGGCGCAUGCACGAUUUUGGUGUGGUUUCGCAGGGAUCUGAGGCUGGACGACAAUCCAGCGCUUGUAGCAGCAGCGGCGAGGAAGGGAUCCAUCGUUGUGCCGGUGUUUAUCUGGUGCCCGGAGGAGGAGGGCCAGUUCCAGCCCGGGAGAAUGUCGCGUUGGUGGCUCAAGCAAAGCUUGAUCCAGCUGAGUUCUUCGCUGGAGCGCUUAGGAGCCCCGCUACUUGUGAAGCGCGUCGCUGGGACGCUCGACGCACUGCUGCAAAUCGCCCAUGACACUGGUGCCUCGCAAGUCUUUUACAAUCACUUGUACGAUCCUGUGUCCUUGAUCCGCGAUCACAGAGUGAAGCAAGGCCUGGCAGACCAUGGAAUCUCUGUCACAACCUUUCGGGGAGAUUUGCUUUAUGAGCCCUGGGAGAUUUAUGAUGAUCAGGGGCAAGCCUUCACAACAUUUCAAGCUUUUUGGAGCAAGAGUUUGAGCAUGCGGGACCCUGAAGCCCCCCUCUUGCCUCCCAGACAACUGCUAUCGCUUCCGGGAUAUCUUUGUCAGAGCUGCUCUAUCGAUCAACUCGGCCUAGAAAAUGAGGCUGAAAAGAGCAGCAACGCGCUGCUGGCCAGAAGCUGGACUCCUGGCUGGUGUGCAGGAGACAAAGCUUUCACAGAUUUUCUCUCAGGGCCGAUUUUGCAAUAUUCUAUCCGUCGCAAGCAGAUUGACAGUGUCACAACUUCACAGUUGUCGCCGCAUCUUCACUUUGGCGAGAUCAGCAUUCGCAAGAUUUUCUAUUCUAUUCGGAUGCAGCAGUUUCGAUCCAAAGAAGCCGUGGACUUUGAAAGCAUGAACAUGUUUCUUCGAGCUCUUGGGUUACGAGAAUACUCAAGGUACUUGAGCUUCAAUUUCCCGUUUACUCACAAGAGAUCUCUCUUGGCAAACCUCAAACACUUUCCAUGGAGGGCCGACGAGGGAUAUUUCAAGAGCUGGAGGCAGGGGCGAACCGGAUAUCCUUUGGUAGAUGCAGGGAUGAGGCAACUGUGGGCUACUGGCUGGCUGCAUUGCAAAAUCCGAGUUGUGGUCUCGAGCUUUCUGGUUAAAUUUCUCCAGGUUCCAUGGACUUGGGGAAUGAAGUACUUCUGGGAGACAUUGCUUGAUGCGGAUGUGGAAAAUGAUGUUCUUGGCUGGCAGUACAUUUCCGGAGGCUUGCCAGACGGCCAUGAGCUUGAUCGAUGGGAAAAUCCGCAGGAAGAAGGAUACAAGUUGGAUCCCAAGGGAGAGUACGUUCGGAAAUGGCUACCCGAAUUAUCAAGAGUUCCUAUAGAUUGGAUUCACCACCCAUGGGAUGCUCCCUCAACUAUUUUGAGAGCAGCUGGUGUCGAGCUGGGAUCAAACUAUCCAAGGCCAAUAGUAGAAGUAGCGGCUGCGUAUUACAGGCAACAACAAGCGCUUGAUGAGAUGUGGAAAAAGAGUGCUACAGCACCGGUUUCAGGUAAGGGUGGUGCUUGCCUUGAUUUAAAUCUUUGUAGCCAAGAGGAGGAAGAAGAAGAUUAUGGAGCUGCAAGCACCAGCAGGAAAUCUAUGGAUGGAAACACUAGAAUGCCGAUGGCGAGAAUCAAAGGCGGUGGUAUCGAUCAAAUGGUCCCUUCCGCAGGAGAGUGUUCCAACAAUGAUGGUGGAGCGAAGAACAUAUUAAAACGGGAUCUAGAGCAAGAGGAUGGUGAAAUCUCCUCUCGCCGCAAGAGGAAAGAGGAGGGAAGAGUUCCAGAGGAGAUUCUCCUUGGAUCCAAUGUUUGACGACAGCGCUGUCUCAGGACCGGAGGCGGCAUCAUUGGGAGAAUUCCGGAUCUGUGUCGAAAGGAAGGGAUUGCAUUGCCCCC